AUGGGGAGCUGGGGUAAUGCAUAUGGCGGCAGCGCUUACGGCGGUGGCGCAUAUGCUGCCGCGGCCCUGCCCUAUGCGUCCAGCAAUGGCUAUGGCCACGACGAACUCACCGUCCGAGAAGCCUGCGAGGCUGCAGGCCGAGGAGAUGGCAGUGGCCACUGCGUGGACGACAGCGAGAUCUCCGUCCUCGACCAGGACGACCGGCCCGUGCAGCCGCGCAAAGUCAGUAGUUUUGCCGAGGUGCGAGCGUUCCCGCGCGAGAUCCAGGAGCAGUUUAGGCGUGCCGGCUUCCCCUCGCCUUCCCAAAUCCAGGCCUACACCUGGCCGCUGGCCCUCGAGGGCAAGGACGUCAUUGGCAUAGCAGCUACAGGUAGCGGCAAAACUCUGGCAUUCCUGUUGCCGGCGUUCUGUGAGAUGAUGCAUAGAGGACACAACCCGGACAGACACGGGCCAGGUUUACUGGUCAUGUCUCCAACCCGCGAGCUUGCGCAGCAAACCGAGCAGGAGGCCGAGCGCUUCGGCCAUUGCAUUAACUUCAACGUCGUAGCCAUGUAUGGCGGCUCGCCGAAGCAGGACCAGAUCAGGAAAUAUCGCUAUGGGGUCCACACCAUCGUGGCGUGUCCAGGGCGGCUCAAUGACUUCCUGGAAGGAGGACAGGUGCGACUAGACGGCGCCCAGUGCCUCGUGCUUGACGAAGCCGAUCGCAUGCUGGACAUGGGUUUUGAGCCCCAGAUUAGAAAGAUCCUGGCGAGGAUUCCGCGGAACCGCCACACCAUGUUCUUCACUGCAACAUGGCCGAGAGAGGUCCGAAACCUUGCCGCGGACAUUCUCUACAAACCGUACAAGGUCAUGAUCGGCAAUCGUGAUCAGCUGAAGGGCAAUCAGGACAUCAUUCAGAAGGUCAAGAUUGUUGAUGGAUACAGCAAGGAGAGAGCGAUUGUGGAUCUUCUCAGUGAAGCUGGGCUGAUGGACAGGUAUAGCCAGGGCAAGGCCCUCAUCUUCGCCGGGACGAAGAGGGAGUGCGAGCGGCUAUCCAACAACCUGUACAGAUCGGGUGUCCCGUGUUCCUCGAUCCAUGGUGACAAGGACCAGCGCCAGCGAGACGAAGCGCUUAACGGUUUGAAAGCCGGAAAGAUCAAGGUCCUCGUGGCGACGGAUGUGGCAGCGAGAGGGCUUGACAUCAAGGGGGUUGGCCUAGUGGUUAACUACGAUGCCGCAAACAACACCGAGGACUACGUGCACCGCAUCGGCCGCACUGGCCGAGCCGGCUGCAAGGGCUUUGCAGUCACUUUCCUGGAUAGAAGAGCUGAUGCCGGGAAAGCCAAAGGCAUCAUGGAGGUGAUGCAGCGUACCAAUCAGCCUGUUCCUUCCGAUCUGCGGGAUAUGGUGCCCCACUUGGACUUUGCCAUGUUUUCCUGGUUCGGCAUGCGGAUCAACGUCCCAUCACUUCCUGAAGCGCUGGGCUUUUUGACUGUGCAGCGUCGGAAGAUCGGCGUGCCGGCUCUGCGCGAGAAGAACGCGGCGGACGCUGGGGUGACAUUCUGA